AUGAAAUCCUCGAACUCCCCGGCAGAAUCUCGUCGUCUCCUUGAUUUUGUUCCGUCAAUAAGGCCAUCGUUUCUUUCUGUUGUAUUAGUUUUCGUUUGCGGAUGUCUCUGGAUGAAGAAUGAAACAACAAACGAACUACUGAUCGCGCUUGAAUCUCGCGUUAACCUUUUCCCUUGCGUUCAGAGUGACUCGACUGAAAAUACUGACAGGAUAUCUCUUUCACCAACAAAAGGUACAGCAAGAGAUCUUUAUAAGAAGGUUCAGACACAUGUAUCCGAAAGGAUCGGUUAUAUAUCAGGUAAGAUCUUCACUUCAGAUGUUAUUUAGAUGCAGAUACUUGUUUAGAACUGAGUUUAUCCUCUUUUGAUUUAGGCAUAUAAUCUUUCAUGGUGUGAGUUUGCGCUUACAUACGGGAUCAUCUAAGCAGUAUUACAACAGAGCGAGAGUGUUGCAAAAGGGUUUAUACAGUGUUAGAUGAGGUUAAAAAUUCACUAAGCCACCUAUACUGGUAAAACAAUAAAGAAAUUUGUAUAGGUAAUAGCAUGAUUUGUAGUGAUAUUUGGCAUAAAUACCACGAGUGAUAUUUCGAAAUUGUUAUACGUAAUUUGAAAUUUGAGACAAUUUUGAAAUAUCACGAGCGGUAUUUAUGCCAAAUAUCACGUACAAAUCGUGCUAUUAUUUGUUUAUACCACUGCCCGCAAAAGGUUUGUAAUUUUCACAUGUAGGGUAUUUCAAAUUAAGCUGAAAUACCACUGCUCUAGGCCAAUCAAAUUGCAGAAAUUUCUCAUGUAGUGGUAUAAACGGUGUAAAUGAUCGAUUUUGAGUAGUGUCGAUCGACUUGCUCACGUACAAGAUAUGUGUUCAAUACCCAGGGAGGGGGGGGGGGGUACUCCUUUAUAUAAGCCAUAUAACAGGAGCACACAAAGGGUGUGUAGUUCUUGGCUCUUUUUGGUCUGAAAACGGUUAUAAACGUAGACCAUUUUGGCCUGGAAUUAGGUUUGGUUUUCGAGGAACCUACUGGAGCGUAUGCAUGAAUGUAGUUAUCGUUUCAGUUCCACAUGAAUAAGAACGAAAUAGAAAUAUGUGAAUUCGAAAUGCAUUUGAAGAAUUUUUUUGUUUGCGCUCUAAUCUAAGUAAUGAUGACACAGUUUCUUUCUAAAGGCCAGGUCUGAAAACAGGUAUACACUGAGGUCUGCAUGGUCUGAGAACGGGUGGGGAAAAUUGGUCUGAAAUAGCACUGUCUGGAUAAAAUUGUUAGGGUGGCGUAAAAUUUGAGAUAUUUUUGAAAGGUUAGCCCCUAGAGGAGUUCAGUUAAGGAGUCUUAGGGCUUGCCGGGUUACUUGAUAAAGCCUUUGGUAACUUUGAUAGGGUGGCAAGAUUGAAAGUACGUUUAUUGAACGGUCUCAGUCGGUUUGAAACCCGGGGGCGGGGGGCACUUAUUGACUACAAUGGGGUCGCAUUUUCAAUAGAAUGGGGUCGCACAUUUUCCGAUUUUUUGUGGUAAGACAGUUCUUCUUAUUUACGGUUAGCAAACGUACCAGAAUGCUUGUACUGUAGGUGAAAAGUAAAGUGUUCUUCAUACAGUUUAAAAAAAUGGCUCAAUUCAUUAAAAAUAAAAAGUGACUAAGCUGGGAUCGCCAAAAUUACAUAUUUGUCUAAAAGUGACCAAGAUAGGGUCUAUAAUUGGUCACAGAAUAGACUAUAAUGGGGUAGGGGCUCUUAGACGCCAGCGUCACAUACCCAGCAAAAAUUUACCCAAGUACGCUUCCCCCCGGGAUUGAAAUGUGUGCGUAGAUCUAGAAAUCUAGAAUGUCAGCUUGGCUUUCCCUUAGAAGCAACAAGGGUAGAGGCGUGAGGACAAAUUGAAAAGUUGUUAACCUUGUUGUUGAACGCAACUCCAUAAAUGUUGUUAAUUUUAUGAUAGAAAUAUCAACCUUAUCAUUCCUUCCUUUGAUUUGUUGGUCAUAUUUUCUCCCUUAUUCAUUUUUAAUAUAAUCAUGGGAUAUUACUUUACUGCAGUCAGCCCGUUAUCAUUAGAGGCAUCAGCAACCAUCCGCUUAAGGAAGCGAAGAAACGUUUUGAACGACACUUCAACCGGCAUCACCAUACAUGAAGUAAGAAAAGAAAUCAGCAAACAGUUUGAACAACUUAUGCGCACCAAGUACUGUAAGUCAACUGAGAAAGUCUGUCCUGCAGGUCCCCCCGGAUAUCCUGGUCCCAUUGGAGCGAGGGGACCACGUGGCAGGAGGGGACCAAAAGGAAAGAAAGGUCCUCAAGGUCCCAUGGGACCUCCUGGAAAAUCCGGAAAAACAGGAAUAACUGGUCCUGCUGGACCGAGAGGAGAAAAGGGAAAUAAAGGAGAACCUGGGCCAAAAGGCAUGCCUGGACCACCUGGAAGGCCUGGAAAAUCGAUAUCUGCUCCACAAGUGUUGCUGACGCCAGCAGAGCAGACACGAGAUGAGGGAGGAAAUACGGCAUUUUAUUGCACGGUCGCCGGAAAUCCUUCCCCAGUCGUGGAAUGGCAAUUUAAGGGCAUAAAGCUUCUGUCCGGUGAAAAGUAUUUGAUUAAAGAAGGAGAGUUGAUCGUUAGAAAUCUGAAUUACAGCGAUGCUGGGCCGUACACAUGUGCUGCUAGGAACAUUCUUGGAUCGUCCGAGGCCACUGGUAACUUGUCUGUUAGAGGUGAGAGAAGCAUUUGAUUCUUGAGGUUUGUUGUAUAACAGGCCGUCAAAUUUUGUUUGUUAUAUCAAUAUGAUAUGUUACAUGUUCUUGCAAGGUAAUAAGGUUGCGAGAAUUGAACGGCGCAUAAACAUCUCAAGAAAACUAUACGAUGUGAAGGCACACUGACAGAACAUCAUCCUCACCUGACCUUUAUUUUGACAGGCUUUCAGAAUCCGGUUAAGGCUUUAGUAGCCGUCAGACUACGACUUCUUGAAAAAACCCUUUAACAGAUUUGCCAGCCAAUGACUAAUUGGUUUCAUCGCUCCUUUUUUUCUGUUAUGCAAACGAAAAUUUCUUGUGCAAAGUUUCCCGGUAAAGGAAACACCUAAUUUGUCAUUUUUCGAAGUUGUAAUCCUGCCGUUCCCCUGAGGGUACUUCUUCUAAUGUCCUGGGUGGGGAAGCUAUUUCCGAAAGGGGUACCAUUUUGAGGCUUCAGGUAUAUGGAAGGGUUGGUGUUUUACUAGCUGAAGUACAUAAUAGUGUAGAGAACUCUGUCAUUUCGGUCUGUAGGAAGAUCUAAAAGGGCUAGCGGAAGGAUUUUAUGGCUGUGAAAAAGUCGAGAAAUUUUUCUGCCUUUGUGAUUUAUUCAUAUCUUAAAGACAGUGCGUUGAUCUCCCUUCAUGCAAAGUUCUAAACUACGCAUGUGAAAGGGGCAUCUUUUCUGUUGAAAAUUACAUAAUAUUAUGUUGUUGGACCUCGGAGCGGAGCCUCCAAGUAUAAAACUGUGUUGAGUACCCCCCCCUCCCUCCCCUCCUUCCCGAUGUCGUCCAUGUAGUUUUAGUAUGUAAACCUGAUAAUUAUUUUUUCAGGUCUUCCAAUAUUCACAAAAGUUCCACCUUUACUUGCUGCACCGGUACAAGGCACUACAUUCCAAGUAACCUGUAAAGCUGAAGGCUAUCCUCGUCCCGUCGUAACCUGGACUAGAGUAGGAAUGCCUUUACCUGCUGGAAAAACGAAAAUAAACCAAGGCACACUUACCAUUAACAACUUGAUUCCUGCCGAUACCGGUUUAUACGACUGUGUAGCUACUAAUAUCAUGGGAACAAAGAAAAGUAGGGUGAGCGUGGCAGUGCAGCGUAGCUCAGCUGCAGGUUUGUCUUAGGCUGUAAGGUCCCGCACAGACAUAAAUGAAACAUUUAGUAACAUAAACAUCAGGCCCCAGUUGUUCAAAAGCUGGAUAGCGCUAUCCAUCGGAUAAAUCACUAUCCAGUGGAUAAGUAUUAGGGAAACAAAUUGCACUAUCCACUGGAUAGAGAUUUAUCCGCUGGAUAGCGCUAUCCUCGUUUUGCCCCAACUGGCGCCUGGUGACCUUUGUUAAAGGUAAAAGAGAUCGCAAGACCAAGGGUUCCUGCAUGCUAUUUAAGACUACUUUAAUAGGCUUAGCUGACUCAGACUACAGUAUAUACUUAAGUGGAACGUAAAACAUAUAGGACCGCCGUUAGUGAUGGCCUUUUAUUGAUUGUUAAAAAGCAGUAGUGUCGUUGUUAAAGGGUGAAUAUGCUUGUGUAGCAAUUGUUUAAAGAGAGAGAAGGAGGUAAGCCUAUACUCGAGUUUAAGUAUAAAUCCUAAAAUUUGCUCUCCAGAAAAUAAAGUGACUUUUGCUAUCUAGCCUCUAGUCACUCGCAAUGUUACACUUGAUAAAGGAUUCAUUUGAUGCCGCAUUUUUAAACAGUUCUACUUGGCUCCAACAGAGUUCUUUUGUCAAAUAGCAAAAGUCGAAUUUUUCUCCCCAGGUUUGCAUGACUCUGUUAUUGUGGGAAACAACAAAAAUCACUUAACCUCGUUAAGCAACUGGCUUGCACCUGUCACAAAAAGCGUCAAUUCUCUCUGGAAGCGCUGUUGGCGUGCAUCCGUGAACGGCUGGGCUGGAAGUACAUUUCACUCACGAUGUGACAGCAAGGGCCCGACUGUGACAAUAAUAAGGGUCGGGAGAUAUAUUUUCGGAGGAUACACAAGUAUUUCAUGGGGUAAGUGACAUUGUAAGCCAUGGCAGUGGCAUUUAUACCUUUGACGUAAUUGUCAUUGAUAUGUUCAGUUAAAAGUGGAGCUUGGUACUUAGCAAUAUGGAGUCAUGUAACUCUACCUUUCAUACAUGGUUAAGCAGUGGCGUACAAAGGUUCUAGGUUAAUAGCUCUAGAUGUGGGCCCAUAUCCCCUCGUUCCUCAAAGGGCGAGGACCGCCCCUCCUACACUCACAUGGUGUGAAUGAACGCCCCACCCCUUUUCUAGAGUUCUGGUGCUGCAGAUAGUAAGUGAUGCAUUUCUAGCUUGGCAAAACGUGCCCAAAUUCCAGGCCAAUAAUACCGAAUUAUAAUAAUUUUGAGGUUCUAAUUGAGGACCGCUCCUCCUACACUCACAUGGUGUGUAUGAGCGCCACCCACCACCCUCCUUCUCAAGUUCUGGUUUUGCAGAUGAUAAGUGAUGCAUUUCUAGCCUGUCAAAACGUGCCGAAAUUCCAGGCUACUACUAUUACAAUAAUUUUUAGGUUAUAAAGUAUCGAUAUUGUUCUGACUUUCUUGCCACCCUGCUAUUUUCCAUCCCUUAGUUCCCAUAUUGCAAAAGUAGCGACUAACGAACUUCACCACAGGUUUUUGGUGAAAUUCGCAAAUUUUGGCAAAGAAUUAAAAAACACCCUCUUUUGACAUGUCCACCAGUACGUGACACACCAAGACGAAGGUUCAUUUCACCGGUCAAACUUUCGUAAUUUUGCCUGAACGAAAUAUCGCGAAGAGGAUUCUUCUCUUCGGAUUCGAACGAACUUGACAGACUGAAAUGGGUGACAGAAAUACAUAAUGUUUUAUACAUUUUCAAGGAUAAAGGCUCCUAAAACUCUUUAUUGUCUUCUUAAUACAGUACCCUUAAAAUCAAACGAAGUAUUAAUUACCAAUAAACGUGUAUUGCGACAUGCACCAGUUCAUGUAAAAAGGAAGCUUCUAGCUUCGGCAAGUGGUAAAAAAGACAAAGCAGAUAAAUUUGGAGAUUUGCUCCAUAAAGUUAUAAAAGAACAUAUAUUAUUAAUUAAUAAUUUUUUCCCCGAUCUAUUGCUUGUAAUUGCAAAUCUUUUAAAAUUAACAUCUCCCACAGGCCGACACCUCAGCUUCGGUAAGCUUGCAACCACAUAAAACUCUCUCCUGAGCGGACGAAUCACGCGCUUUGCGCUUUUGAUCGAAAUGAAUUGUGAAUAGUGCUUAAAAAUAAAAAUAAUAAUAAUAAUAAUAAUUGUUGUUGUUAUUGUGAUAAAUAAUAAAAGAACAAAGUAUACAUUACUGUCGUAAGAGUAAUAUGACUAAUGGCACCACAUAAAAGAAAGCUUUGGGAGAUGGUGAGAAAAACAAAACAUAAGUUUAAAGAUUUGAUUUACUCAAGUCACACAAAACAAUCUAAUUCUUGUUCUUUUUUUUUCUCAUUAACUGCAAUUUAUGAUAUUGCAAAUCUCUGCUAAUUGACAUUUCUUGUCCGCAGACACCUCACCUCAGCUCCGAUAAGCGGACAGUCCCUUACGCCUGGUCCUCCCCAGCGUCUUCCUUAGUAUUUCAUUGAAUAAUAGCCGGGGGCGAUUACUAAUUAUUUUCGUCAAAAAGGGGGCGAUUAUUUCAAUCAUUGCUCACUGCCGGAAAGUCGUGCCCCAAAUAUUUUGUGUUAUGUUAUACUGAUUCCCAUUACAUCAACAAGAGAUCAAGUAAACCGGGGCAUUUUUAGUGCUUUCAUUAUGCCUCCUUGAUUACUUUUCACUGUCAAUAUCCUCGGCGGAAGAGCUUCAAUCGUCACUCUGAUAAGUUUUACCGCAUCAAACUCCACUUCAACUUGGAGGGCAAGUGAAUAAAAGAAAGAGAAGAUGGCGGAAACCGUGUGUGUGUGUGUGUGUGUGGGGGGGGGCGAUUAUUCAAGAGAGGCGAUUGUAAUUAUUUUAAAUAUUUCUGUCUAAGGGGGGGGGUGAUUAUUCAAUUGAGGCGAUUAAUCGUUGGGCGGCUAUAAUUCGAGGAAAUACGGUAUAUACAAGCAUAAGCUAGAUUGAGCAUAAGGACCUAGCGAAGAUGGCUUAAACUAAAUCAAAAGCAUAAAUACAAAAAUAUCAAAACCUUGAGUUUUUCUUAUACUUGUGCUUCUUACGGUAGUGCAUAAGCGUUUCGUUAUGCUCAUGCUUAUACGUCUGCUUGCGCCAAUGUCGCUUGUGAAAACCGGGCCUUAGUCUUGAUCCCUGCAGAAACAUAAAAACACGGAUCUCAAUCUCCCGUUAGUGUAAAUCUCUCUUCGGCUAAAAGACUGACUGGUUCAAAGAGUGACCGCUUACGGUAGAUUCUAUUAUAAUUAUAGCAAUACUAGAAAUUAUAAAGAAAUUCAUGAAAAAGAAACCAGAAAAGAUUGAAUUGAUUUAGCUCUUGAUAAAACAUGAUGUGCAAUACUUAUGUAAACUAAGCAACUCGAAUUUGCCUCAUUAAAGUAAAAGCUAUUAAUUAUUAUUAUUAUUAUUAUUAUUAUUAUGUUACUAUUAUUAUAUAAUCAAUGACAUUAUCAAAGGAACUAGGACAAUAUUACUAACAUAUUUUCAAUAUCUUUUUACUUUCUCUCUUCUAGCAUCAUCAGAUGGCAGCUAUCAAUACGACUCCAAGGCCUUUUUAUUUUCACUGGUGAACAAACCAGGAUGGGCGCCUGUUAAACUGUCUCAGACAGGGCAGAAUAGUUCUAGAAAGUUAUAUUCCAUAAAUAGUUACUCAUCAUAUGGGCCUACAUUCGGAGGAGGUCACGACAUUAACAUAAAAAGCGACGCAUCAUCCAAUAGCAAUUCUUAUAGCAACCUUGGCCAUACCUACAGCCCACCGAGCGGGUACAGCUACCGCAGCACCUUCGCACGAACAUUCCUGGCAGGAACUUACAAGUUCACACCAGACGAAGUUGAAACCUUUUACGAAACAACCUAAUUAAAUAAAAUGAACGACAUCGGCUCUGAUAUUUGGGCUGAGAUGGUUCUCUUUUACUAAAAGUACUACGUACUUAGUUCUAGUAGACGUUCACACUUGACUGCUUGCUGAAACGAGGUCAGGAAAAGAAGCCCAAUUAUCACUUUUGAAAUGUAUUUAGAAAACAUAUUUUCAAAAAUACCUUUGAAAAUGUAUUUAGAUCACUUUUGAAAAUGUAUCUUGAAUCGCAUACGAAACGUCAACUUAAAAGAAAUCCGAAAGCUCACAAUACUUAUCACCGCUGUUUAACCUGAGCUUUAUUUUUGAUCAAACUUAACGAUGACCCAGGAACAAAAGUCUCUAUAAAGCCCAAUAAUAUAUUAUUAUUAUUGUUAUUAAGUCACUAAUUUCCAUUGUUAAAAACCUCUAUUAAGCGGACACCGGCUGAACUGACAAUAGUGCAGUAAUGAAUUUCGUCCUUGAAAUACGUACUGUAGUCGAUUAAUAAAGAUAAAUCAAUACAUUAUUUAGCUGUCAAAAUUUCACCUAAAAGUCUUGCACAAAGUAAGCACAGCUUCCUUAGCUUCCUUAGCUUCCUCAACAACAUGGAACAGGAGCACCCAACGAGAAUUUAGUUCAAAACCGCUAUAAAACAUAGCAUUGUUAAACGUAUUUUGGUAUUUAAACGGUAGAUAUAGGCAUAUUUUUAUCCCCUAAAAAUUUUUCAUCUGUUCGGAUUUCCUAGCUGAAAGUCUAGUGAUCCGAAAAUUAUAGGGAUCAAAACUUACCUUUUCGAAAAUUUCAGCCAGAAAAAAGGCUCCCGAAAAUUUUAGGUGACCUUUUUAGGGUAAAAAUCCGUUAAAAAUAAGCAAUUAUACCAUAUUUUAGAUGUUCGAAAAUCCUAGGAGAAGCAGGCAAGCAAGAAAUUUUACAUCAAAUGUCCGAAAAUUCUAGAUCUCAAAUCGUCUUCCCGACAGAUUUUUCCGAAAAUUGUCGUUGGGUGCCUCUGAUGGAACUUUAUCACAGUACAGCCGGAGUAACCGUUGAAUGUUAAUCGUUAACUAACAUUGCGCAAUUUUUACAAACCUCUAUUUAUUGAGCGAACACCCUCUAUUAAGCGGACAUUUGGGAAGGUCGCGAAGGUGUCCGCUUAAUAGAGGUUUCACUGUAUCAAGUUUCUGUGGGGACUUCUAUGAUUUUUGGUGAAAAACCACGUCAGUCCGAUAUAAAAAGGAGUAAUGAAGUAUUUCGUGACGAAAAACGCGUCAUAGCACCAUAUAACCUAUUAGUCAAAUAAACUACAAUUUUGAUUUUAUGCAACGUUCUCUUUGCUCCUGUGCCAAUACAUUCAUUGUUCUCGCCUUUUAAAUACCCCUAAAGGUUUACCAUGUAUGCUGGUCAUGUGGCGGGGAACUUGAAUUUUUGAAUUAGCUCUAACUUUAACAUGAUAUUAAUUUGAGGAGGACUCGGAAAUAAAAAAAUCCGAGUCCCAGAUGGGAUUUGAACCCACGACCCUCCGUGAUCUAGUCGGAUGCUCUAACCAGUUGAGCUACUGGAGACUCUAUGGUGAGCAAGGGCCACAAAUUGGAGUCUCCAGUAGCUCAACUGGUUAGAGCAUCCGACUAGAUCACGGAGGGUCGUGGGUUCAAAUCCCAUCUGGGACUCGGAUUUUUUUUUUUUUCCGAGUCCUCCUCAAAUUAAUAUCAUGUUGUUGUUUUCAUCUUCAAUAUAGCUCUAACUUUAAGCCUUUUUAUCUGAUUGAAAUGUAGUUUUCACCAAAAAUCAUCGAAUUACCUACAGAAACUUGAUUUAAAGUUUUCAACAUUGCUUUCCUAAAUUCUACUUCAUGCUGAAUUCAGACGUCAUUUAUGACUUCACUAUUAAUAGCAAUCAAAUGGAAUGAAAUUGUAACUAAUGAACACUUACUGCACGUAAUUCAUCCAACUACUUCCUGCCAAGGUUCGAUAAAAUCGUUGCAUUAAUUCUAUACGUCUGUCCAUGGCCUAAAAAACUCAGUUUUGAAAGUUGCGGGAGGAAAAGCCAUGGCAACCGACCAUCGUGUUAAUCUCCUUUUAAAUGCCUGAAUGACAGGUUUUCCUACCCUUUCAAAUAAUUCUAUUCCUGAAUUCCCUCCCCUUUGCUUAAGCUGAAGCCUGAGAAAGGUUAUUAGGGACCUUAACCAACGACGACGAAGACGGCAGUGAAAACGUCGCUAAAAAAAGAAUUUGCGUUCUUUCAAACUUAAUAGCGUCUAUUUGGACCCGCUCAAUACGUCAAAUGCAGGAGACUUUUCGUGGAGUUGAAUUUGUUAAGAAUUUAUUCCAGUUCAAAAAGAGGAAGGAAAAUUCGUCGUCGUAUCUCCACGUCCUCCAUAAAACGUCAAAUUAGGAGGGUUCACGUCGUAGUCGUGCAGUGGACGUCAAAGAAAUGUACUAAAAAGCGUGAUGCACGUCAGAGCUGUUGUUUUGAUCAUUAAACCUAUUGUUUUUUUUUUUAAGUUGUCGUGAUCGACGUCGUAGUUCCUUAAGCUCCCUAUUUCCUUUCAGGCGCGCGGGGCCUCACCGUAUCUGUUAUAAUCUGGUUUCAUAAAGGGAGUGAAAAACCAAUGGUUAACAGAGUUCUUAUUCAGACUGAAAUAGACUACAAAAUUAAAAAGCGUAUCAUCCAUCUUGAUGAAAAUCAUUUCUGGAAUCAUGAAUUAAAAAAAGAAAAAAAAAAAAAAGAAAUCAAUCAGUAAAUCAUACUGAAUUUUUUCCGCUUUUCACCCGCUAUUGAGCACGUUUUACUGGAACACGAAAAUGCUAAAAGGAAAAAGGUCAAUUAGGGACAGACCAUAAUUAUCGAAAACUCGCAUGAAUUCGCGUUAGCAUUUCCUUUUUGCGAAUUUUUUAGGCUAGUGCAUGAAUAUUUUUUGGCGUUACUUGGCGUGCAUGAAUUUUUUUCAUUUAGGGUAGUUUCCCUUACACGAAUAUUUUCUCCUUUUCGUACUUCACCUUCCCCCUCCCCCAUAACGUAAUUUUUUUCAUAACUGUCCGUGCCGUCCCUUAUGACACUACUUAUAAAGCCUUGUUUUAACGUCAAUCGUGAUGACAUGUUUCUCUAGGCGAAAUUUUUAAGGAUCAAAUUUUACUGGCAAGUUUCCCACUUACCUCCGUCUUCAUAUGCAUGGGACGAUUGGCAUGCAAGCUGCAGUAAUGAAAUCCUCGAACUCCAGGGACCGCGGAGGGGGAGGGGCUGGUAGGGCGAUAGCCCUACCCCUUUUUUGCUGGGAUUUAUUUUCUAGGGCUCCAGUUGACAUGGAAAACGUUAUCGUGGAAUUAUUGGACUUUUCCCUAAAAGGUGGACGGUUAGAGCCAGUUGUUUUCGACGAAUCCUUGAGAACUAUGCAGUUCUUAUGGAAUAGUGGGAUGUUUGCUUGUACGAACGAUUACAACCCGAUGUGCGUGCAAGGAUAAUAGGAUGUAAGACCUAAAUGGAACGAUUUGACUUUUUCUUUGGUUUGCAUCUUGGAGGGCGGCUUUAUUCCUACACCGAUAAUCUAUCUAAGGAUCUUAAGGGUACUAAGGUGGCUGCUGUCAGUGGCCAAGGCCUGACAUUGGCAUAUCUAACAAAGGAGACGAUCAAAAAAAUGCCCAGUGAUUAGAGCUUCGACCAUUUCUAUGCUAAUAUUUCGCGCAAGAGCGAAGGCUUGCUUGGUAAACCAACGCUUCUACUGAAAGCGAUGCACUUCAGCCAGACUGGAGGUUGGUGCUGGUGCACUAAGCUUCCCCCCAAACUGCCAAAGAUCACUUUAGAAGGGUCUAUUAUGAGGCUGUUGAUCUUAUCGUCGGUGCCAUCUAUCAGGAAAGCUUCAGCUCCUACGCCCAGAUGGAGACCCUCUUGGUUAAAGCUGCUAAUGGUGACGACUGUGAGGCAGAGUUCAAGUUCCUUGAAGCAUCAUACAGAGAAGAUGUUUUGAUACAGGGGCGCUACCUGGGCAUGCAACUAAGUAUUUUGGAAGUUAUGUUAUAGGAGAAGAUAGCAUGUUUUGACGAAAUCCUGUUGGCGGUGUCAAAGUUUCCAAAACCAAGAGAAAUCCCAAACUAUCUGUAAGCUGCUUGCUGUAAAUCCUGCAACCAGCGCUACUGACGAACGUUCAUUCUCAUCUGCACGGCGUCAGAAGACGUGGCUUCUAUCCAGGAUGGGUGACCUAGCAGUGUUGAAUGGUCGCAAGCGGAGAAUAGACAGUGUCUCUACAGCUACACAGGAGUUUGUUUCCUGUAAUAAGAAUUGCAAAAGAAGCUUCGGCACUUCGGGUAACUUCAAGAAGUAGCAACCUCAAGAGGUUUAUUUAACAUAUUGGCUAUAUUGGAUAGUAUAACACGUGUGGACGUUUAUGUUAUAUUUGUUGAGGUGGUAAAUAAGAUGGUGCGCAAAUGCAAGAUAAAUGGCGAAACACCGACCUGAAUCUUUCUUUAUAUUGGCCAGAGUUUUUAGCCCUACCACCUUAAAAUGGUCUCAGCGGUCCCUGAACUCCCCGGCAGAAUCUCGUCAACUCCUUGAUUUUCUUCCAUCACUUAGACCAUCGCUCCUUUCUGUUGUAUUAGUUUUUGUCUGCGGAUGUCUCUGGGUGAAGAAUGAAACAACAAAUGAACGACUGAUAGCGCUGGAAUCUCGCGUUAACCUUUUCCCCUGCGUUCAGAGUGUUGCGACUGAAAAUGCUGACAGGAUAUGUCUUUCAAGAGAUCUUUACUGAUAAGAAGGUUCAUACACAUGUAUCCGAAAGGAUCGGUUAUACAUCAGGUAAAAUCAUCGAUUCAGGUGUUAUUUAGAUGCAGAUACAUGUUCAGAGCUGAGUUUAUCCUCUUUUGAUUUAGGCAUAUAAUCUUUCAUAGUGCGAGUUUGCGCUUGCAUACGGGAUCUUUGGAUAUUUCAUGACAGAAUUGGAUUUUAACUUCAACUAACAAUGUAUGAACCCUUUUGUAAUACUCUUGCUCUUUUGUAAUACUGCUUAGAUAUUGAUUAAGCCGCCUGUACUGUUAAAACAGCAAAGAAAUUUACUGUGUAAAUGAUAUUGAAUUUAUGGCUUAAAUGCCGAACGACUUGCUAACGUACAAGACACGGCCAUAACGCUUCAUAGAACAAACAAUUAUCGCUUAAUAUUGUAGACAAAAAAGCUAACAGAUGAAUUUAUGGCUUUUUAAAGUCGAGAAAACGUGCUAUUUUUCUGAUUGAUUGCUAUUUAAAAGACAAUGCAUUUACAGCAGUGAAAAGGGAUACAAAGUUCUAAACAAGCUAUGUAAAAGGGGUAACAUUUGUCAAUGGAAGGGAUACGAAAGGGGUAACUUUUUCAAGAAAAAAAAAAAGGGGUAAGGGGUUGGACCUCGGGGUGAAGCCUCCCCGUAUAAACAUUUGUUGACUAACCCCCUUCCCCGCGGGUUUGAAAUGUGUGCGUUGAUCAAGAAGGAGCCUGGCUUUCCCUUGGAAGUAGAAAAGGAAGAAGAUUGGGGACAAAUUAAAAAGCUCCGGGUUCCAAUGCGUUAACCUUGUUGUUGAACGCAAUCUCUGAAAAGCUUAAUUUUGUGUUAGAAGUGUCAACCUUGUCAUUCAUUCGUUCAUUCGCUUGUUUUCUCCCUUAUUAGUUUUUAAUAUUAAUUAGUAUGGAUAUUUUCUUAAUUUUACUUAACUGCAGCCAGCCCGUUGCCAAAAAAGGCAUCAGCAACCAUCCGGCUAAGAAGACGAAGACGUCUUUUAAAUGACUCUUUAAACAGCGUCACCAUAAAUGACGUGCGAAAAGAAAUCACAAAACAGUUUGAACAACUUAUGCCCACCAAGUACUGUAAGUCAAGUGGGAAGGUCUGUCCUGCAGGUCCCCCCGGAUAUCCGGGUCCCACUGGAGCGAGGGGACCACGUGGCAGGAGGGGACCAAAGGGAAAGAAAGGUCCUCAAGGUCCCAUGGGACCUCCUGGAAAAUCUGGAAAAACUGGAAUAACGGGUCCUGCAGGACCGAGAGGAGAAAAGGGAGACAAACGAGAGCCUGGGCCAAAAGGCAUGCCGGGACCACCCGGAAGGCCUGGAAAAUCGAUAUCUGCUCCACAAGUGAUGUUGUCGCCGGCAGAGCAGACACGAGUAGAGGGAGGAAAUACGGCAUUUUAUUGCACGGUCGCAGGAAAUCCUUCCCCAAUCGUGGAAUGGCAAUUUAAGGGCAGAAAGAUUCUGUCAGGUGCAAAGUAUUUGAUUAAAGAAGGAGAGUUGAUCGUUAGAAAUCUGAAUUACAACGAUGGUGGGCCGUACACAUGUGCUGCUAGGAACAUUCUUGGAUCAUCCGAGGCCACAAGUAACUUUUCUGUUCGAGGUGAGAGAAGCAUUUCACGUUUGAGGUUUGUUAUAUCAGGCUGCUGUAAUUUUAUUUGAUAUGUCAGUAUAUGAUUCAUGUUCUCGAAACGUAGGGUUGCGAGAAUUGAACAGCAUCUUUUGCAAUCCUUUAGAGCAUGAGGGCUUCAUAGCAUAAACCAGAUAAUUUUUCUUUUCAGGUCUUCCAGUCUUCACAAAAGUUCCAUCUGCACUUGCCACACCAGUACAAGGCACUACGUUUCAAGUAACCUGUCAAGCUGAAGGCUACCCUCGUCCUGUAGUAACGUGGAUUCGAGCGGUGCUACCUUUUCCUUCGGGCAGGGCUGAGGUAAACAGGGGUACAUUAACAAUUAAGAACCUAAUCCCGGCUGACAACGGUUUGUACGAAUGUGUGGCAACAAACAUCAUUGGAACGAAGAAGGCCAAGAUCAAUGUGGCAGUACAACGUAGCUCAGCUGCAGGUUUGUCUUAUGCGGCAAGGCAGGGGCGGAUCUAGGAUUUUUCUAAGGAGGGGGUGCACCACUAAGGAAUGGCGUAACCGAACGGUGACAUAAACCUAUUACAAGGCUUUUUCGGUGCCAAACCCCUUGAACACCAAUAAACCAGAUUAGUUAUUAUUAUUAUCAUUAUUAUUAUUUAUUUUUAGUUUUUGCAGAAUACUGGUUAUAUUAUAUGCGCGCACUCCCUGCUCCCUCCCCCUAGAUCCGCCCAUGCAAGGUCUGCACAGACAUAAAUGGAACAUUUAGUGACAUGUAACAUAAUCCUUAAUGGAGACCAUGGUUGCAGAGUAUAGAUACUGAAGGACCAUUUAGGUUCGUAUAUCCAGUUCAAGACAUUGUAUAUGCUAGGACUCUAUCACAACAUCACUCAGACUUCUUAAGUUAAAUUUGUAUAGGACUGCCAGUGAUGGUUUUUCAUAUUAUUAUAAAAGGAGUGUCAUUGUUAUAGGUUGACCUGUGAGUAGCAGGUUCUUAAAGGGAAAAGGAGAGGGGAGCCUUCACUAGAGUUUAAAUUUGAAAUACUAAAAAUUUCCUCGCCAGAAAAUAAGGUGGCACUUGAUAUCCAGUCUCUUGUCACUUGGAUGCCGUUACAAUUGGCAAGAAAAUGAACUGUUGAAAAGUUUUUAAACAGUUCUAGUUAUGUUCUUGGCCAUAACAGCGUUCUUUUGCCAAAUAAAAGAAGUAGAUUUUUUUCCUCUUAGGUUUGCACGACUCCGUUAUUGUGGGAAGCAACAAUAAUUACUUAACAUCGUUCAACAACUGGCUGGCACCUGUGGAAAAAAGCGUUAAUUCUCUCUGGAAACGCUGUUGGCGUUCAUCCGUGGAUGGCUGGGCUGCAAGUACAUUUCACUCCCAAUGUGACGGCAAGGGUCCGACUGUAACAAUAAUAAGGGUCGGGAGAUACAUUUUUGGAGGAUACACCAGUAAAUCUUGGGGUAAGUGCGCAUUAUAAGGGACGGUUACCUUACCUUUCCAGUUACUUGCAUGGACAUGUUGGGCUAAAAGUGCAGCUUGAUAGCCUGGUACUGAGCAACGUGGAUUCAGUUUGACCUUGCAAGGUUAAACAGCAGCCUAUGAAGUAUUCAGGUUAGCGGAACUAGAUUCGGACGCGCACCCCCCGCCCCGAGGACCCCCCCUCCUAGACUUACAAGGGAUGAGCAAAUGUGGCAAAAGACAACAACAACAGAUCAUGAUUUUCCAGAUUUGCUCUAUACAAGUUACGAAAGGAAAUUUCUAAUUACUUGACGUUUUAUUUAUUAUUUUUCAAAUAUUUUUUUGCUUGAAUCUAUUGCUUUGUAAUUGCGAAAUUUUGCUUUUAAACAGCUCCCAUAGACGGAAACCUUAGCUCCAGUAAGCGAACAGUCUCUUAGGUUUCAGGACCCCGAUUGUUAAUCUCCCGUUCAAAAUUUGGCUGCUUGUGGGAAGUUUUAUUGUAAGCAAUAAAAUGAAACACUGCUUGACAAACACAAAAUAUACACAUUCUCAUGGUUAUUUUAUCAAUAAUUUGUAAAGCACUUAGUUUCUGUAAAUUUUGUUCCACUAAUUGUGUAUUACUAGGCGACCCAGUUAUUUACAUUUUUUUCGUUUUAAUUGGAUGUGGUUUUAAUUGGAUGUGUAUGGAGUUAUUUUUGUCGAGGGUAUAGAUGUAAGCAGGGUGAUGUGAUUGAUCAUGAGUGGAUUUCAGUUCAGCGGGUAAUCGGCCGUGUAUUUCAGAUUGGUCGAACGCGUAUUUUUUUUGUUUAUUUAAGUUGUUAAUGUAGUGGAAUGAUAUAUGUUGAGAGAAGAACUAAAAAAAGUCUUGAGUUCCAGAUAGGAAUUAAACCCCCAACACACUUCAUGAGUUAUUGGGAACUUUAGUACUGGGCUGGCAAAACGACAGAACUACAUCGCCCGCUCACUUUUUUUUUUUUUUUUUUUUUUUAUGUGUCUGGAGUUGUAUACAAAACAUACAUAAUAUAUUUGUGUGAAAGAAGGCAUCAAAUGUUCACGAACAUCUAUCUUAUGUGUCACUGCAUGUGACGGGUGCCUUGUGCAAGUGAGUAUCAGAAAAAUAUCCCAAAUGGCACUUUUAUUCCAUCUCUAUUUUCUUGUAGGUUCUGGCUCUAGAUAUUGGUACGACUUCAAACGCCUUUUUAUUCUCACUUGUAAACAAGCCAGGAUGGGCACCCGUCAAGCUGCCUCAGACAGGGAAAUAUAGCUCCAGAAGGAAACAUUCCAUAGACGAUAACCCAUCAUAUGGGCCUACAUUCGGAGGAGGACAUGACAUUCACAUAUCAAACUACGCGUCAUCCCAUCGCAAUUCAUAUAGCAACCUUGGCUAUACUUACAGCCCACCGAGCGGGUACAGUUACGGCAGCACCUUCGCCCAAACAUUCCUGGCAGGAACAUACCAGUUCACACCAGGGGAGAUAGAAACGUUUUACGAAACAACGCAAGUUAAAUAA